AUGUCGAGUACUUUUAUGAAAGAAGAAUCUAAAGACUUAUUCUAUGGUCAGUUUGAGAAUGUGAAGUCUGAGAAGUUGGAGUAUGUUUACGAAAGUAUGCCAAUCACCCUUGUUCCGGACAGUGUUCCAGGUGAUCACAUUCCAUUAACUCUGUCUAUAGACUAUGCGCCUAGAGAGGGCUCCUCCACUGAGAUGUAUGUUGAAAAACGGUUUGAUUGCAAUCUUUGUGACAAAUCAUUUAAAUACAAGCAUGGUUUAACUGACCACAUGAAACGAAAACACGAGGGAACGUCCGUUGUUGUAGACUUUGGUUGUAAUUAUUGCCAGAAGUCGUUUGCAAGCAGUGCAGCGCUGCACCGGCACACUCUUACCCAUACCAAUCAGCAGAUCCCUUGCAGGAAGGAGGGUUGCGGUCAAGUAUUUGCAUCUGAGAGUGACAUGAGACAGCACAUCGAGCAGGAGCACCUUGACAAGAAGUUCAGUUGUCGUGUCUGCAGCAAGAUGUUCACCAGAGUCUCCAAUCUCAACAGACACAUGAAACUUCAUCAGAACAUACGAGAGUUCCCAUGUACAUUGUGCGGUAAAGAGUUCACACAGUGA